ACUUCUUUUUAUGUUUAGGAACUUUGUUAGUAAUCUGUGCUUGUGUGAUUUGCGUGCUUGAAGUCAUUUUUUUAUUAUUUCUACACAGAUAUGUGAUAAAUGAACGGAAAAUGUUGACUCUGUUAUGCACUGGGACAUUUUAUUUAAUAUGCUAUGGGUUCACUUAUUUGCUUAGAAGGACACACCUUGAACACCGAACCAAACUUGAUUUCCUAUUUCUUUUCUUUCUUAUUUCUUUUUUACCAAUGAUCUCUCCAGUUCACACCAAACAUUUAUAUUGAUUCAUAAUUAAUAGUUAUCAUAAUGGGAUUGCUUUUGGUCUUCUCUUUUAGCCAGCAUGUUGGAGCACAUGCCUCGACGCUCACGCUCAUUUCUCUGCCUGUCUUUGACCUCUCUUGCCUUGGCUUUGUCAGUGCUGGCCUUUAGCACCUCCUACUGGUGUGAGGGAACGCAGAAAGUGGUGAAGCCUCUCUGCCUCUCACCUGUUAAAAUGGAGAAGUGCAGCCAGAACAACAGCCAGGCUUCUGCAGUGAGCACUGUGCAACCAGAAGUUCCCUCUAAUUGGACAAUGUCAAUGAUCCAGAGAGAAGCACACAACAAGACUCAACAGACACAGUUAACUAACGUUGUGCAGUACAUUUGGGAAACGGGAGAGGACAAGUACAUGUUUCGCUACUUCCAUGCAGGAUUCUGGGAAUCUUGUGAGAAACACACUGAUGGAGAGCGAUGUCGAAGUUUUCUAAAUCUAACCCCUGAAGAUACGCAUGGUGUUCUUUGGUUGUCUAUGAUAUCUGAGUUCAUAUACAUCGGUCUUUUGGGAAUGGGAUUUAUGCUGAUGUGGUUGGAAGUUCUUUGUUCUCAUAAAGAAAUGCAUGCACUUAAAAUCAAUGCAUUUGCAGCCUUAUGCACUGUGCUUUCAGGCCUAAUUGGGAUGGUGGCCCACAUGAUGUACACCACAGUUUUCCAGUUAACUGUGAUUAUUGGGCCCAAAGACUGGAGACCUCAGAAUUGGGACUAUGGCUGGUCUUUUGCCAUGGCCUGGGUGUCUUUUAGCUGCUGUAUGGGUGCUGCUGUUCUGACCGUCAACUCCUACACCAAAACUAUCAUUGAGAUUCGCCGUCGAAAGAGGCUGCGUCUGGAGGAAGCCUGUGCAGUUCCUUCCUAUGAUGAGGUGGUUUCAGGAGGUGGGAUCUAUUCUAUCAGUAGCCUACAGCAGUGUGCUGAUAGAAGAAUCAAUAGCAUGUGGCUGGAGCAUGAGACUGUUGGAGAAAAGACAGACCUGGACAUCCCUAUGCUGGUGCUGAUAGGGGGAUGUGAUCCAGAGCAGUGUGAGGACUGUGAGAGGGAGAUGGAUGUAAUGGAAAAGGCCAUGGAGAGAGAGGGAACAUACUCUCUAUGUUAAUGGAAGCGAUGUAACUUGCUAGAUGUGAAAUACUGAUAGUGAGGGCCUCUAUACGCAUAUGACCUGAAAAAUGGGUUGAUGUCUUAGGCUGGAUUCUGAGAUCCCUUUAAAAUGUAAUUUCAUGAGAUCUUAAGUGGAUUACACUUACAGGGGAUAAGGGCACAAAUCAUUCUGAUAUUUCUUUUUUAAAACCACUCUAGAUUUGUUUUGUGGGGGCUUUUUUCAGUGGGUGUGAGCAAAUCAUUUACACAUAUUUUACAUAUAAAAUCUGCAUGUGGUUUCUAGGCUAAAUAGUUUUUGGGGUUUUUUAUGUGUACGACAUAGGCUUUCAUUUUUUAAAAAGAAAUCUCUCUGCCUGCAUAGACGUUUCCUUGUGUUCACAUGUGUAUCUUCAGGGUUUCACAGGUUACACACAAUCAAAAUACCUGACACACACACACACACACACACACACACACACAAUCAAAAUACCUGACAGGUGUCAACAUU